AUGCUAUCGUUCACAUGUUGGGUGCUCCUAAUUUUGUUUAGUUUCCAUGUGUCCCUUGGCCAACGGCACUGGCUGUACUACAGCUGGAGCUUCCAAUAUCUCCGGCCGGACGUCCCAACUCGGGCUCCACUGGUAACGUCCCGAUGCGCCGCCAAUGAGACGUACCGCCGCGUUGGACGGCCCUGUGGAAAGUCCUGCGGCACGUACGGUCAGCUGUGCGCCAUGAAGCGCAUCAACCGGUGCCAGUGUCUGGUCGGGUUCGCCCGGAACCGGUCCGGGGCGUGCAUCUACCACAAGCACUGCCCGGUGAACCUGCAGGAUGCCGAGUUUUUGGAGUUUGUGUGAUUGUUUUCGAACAAGUCCACUAGCUAAAAGAGAAGUCUUAAAAUGCCCUCGACAAUUAAAACACGAUUUGCAAUGUAAAUUCACGAAUAGGAAGUAACGAAACAAAAAUAGCUAACACAACUAAACAAGCUCCAUUAAACAUACCAAGAAUGAGUUUGGUGAAACAUGUGCGCCACGUGGAAUACCAAUACAAAUAUACAAAAUAAAUGUGCAAAAAAUGGCUUCAAAACGUUGAAUUCGGCACCACCACAUUUCAUACGCAACUCUUUAUUGCGCGUCAAC